AUGUCGAGCUGCUCGUUCGCGUCCUACAUCCAGAUGCGCACCGCGGCAUUCUGCUCGUCGCCCAUCACUUCCUCCUCCUCGCCCUCUUCGCCCUCCUCUGCCUCCUCGUCAUCGGGCCCGACAUCCGUCGCUGCGUCCCCAACACUCGUCCACCUCGCCCCCUCACCCGUUCCCUCGGCCGACUCGGCAUCCCCUCACAAGCGCCAGCGUAACAAGUCUCCCGACCAUUCCUCUCCCGCCCUUCCCUCUUCCGCGCACGACUCCCCCGCCGACUCACCCACCACCCCAACACUGACCAAAUCAGGCCCGAAAGUCGACCCCCUCUCGUACUUCUUCGCCGCCGGCUCGCAUGCGCACCCCCCGACUAGUGGUGGUGCUGGUGCGUUCGGCGGGACGGUCCCGACGCAUGCGGCACCGAGUCCGGUGUGCCCGCUGAGGUCCAUCCUGUGCACGUCGCAUUUUGACGAGACAGGCAGCCUCGUCAGUACCUCUUCACCCGCUACCUCCUCGCCUCCCAUCUCGCGCCCUCUCUCCCGGCGUUCCUCAACUUCAACCUCGACCUCGCUCUCGCACUCGACCUCGACUUCGAAAUCCGUCCGUUUCGCCCGCUGCACCAACGCCUCGGUCUUCCCAACCCACUCGACAGCCGACUACGACCGCUCGCCCAUCGUCCCGACGUGCGAGGCGGAGAGUCUGGAGAUUUAUCGCUGUCCGCGCGGGGGGUCUGAGGGAGGGGAAGGAGAGGAGGGAGGUGGGUGGAUCAUGUGUCAUGCGAAGAAGGCGGGUGCGACAGAGGUUGAGGGGGGGAAGAAGAAGAAGUUUGUGGCGGCGGCGAAGACGGGAGCGGCGGGCAGUGGGAGUGCGGGGGGCUCGAUGAUGCCUGUUGAAGGCGUCAGAGGGCUCUUUGCGGGAAGCUACUUUGAAGGCGAGGAACGCGAUCACCCGCUCUUUCCUGCUUCGACACCCGCGUGUGGGUCGGCUGGGGUGGUCAUUCCGGAGAUGGUUGAUGAGGAGGAGGACGAGGACGAGGGGAUCCUUGGGGAGGGCAUUGGAGAUGAUGGAGAGUUGAUGGAGGUGGACGAUUCGGCCGAGGCGGAGGAUGUCGAGGCGACGAACGCGGUGGAGGUCGAGAUGGACCCACACGACGAGGUCGUUGACGCCGAGGUCGAGGCCGAAGUCGGAGCGAUGGAGUUGCUCGCCGUCUCCUCGACCAGCAGCCGCCGGCGGGGGAGCGACGCCUCGGCCCACUCGACAGCCACCUCGUCCGCCUCGUCCGCCACCUCAACCGAAGAGUCAUCCUCGCACAACCCUCACCGCGCCUCGUCACCCUCGACGCCUACCUCCUCCCCGCCUGCCGAACUCGCAAACGACGAAGAGAGGGAGAAGGACAAGGCCCAGCGCUGCGCCGAGCGCAAGAAGCGAUUCGGACUGAUCGGGUUGGGCAAGUAUACCCGCCAGGAGUUGUUCCAGAGCCACGACAGCUUGUCGGGUUUCUGA